AUGACUCAAAAUAUAAAAUAGUCAUCAAGCAAUUUUAAAUAAGUAAACUUUCAUCAGACUGAGGUCAUAAAAGCAGCUGACAAGAAAAACUAAACUGCCACCUAAUAAUUUUCUCAGAUAAAAGUCAACAGGUAGCUCCACCCUUAAAAGACUAAUGGGAGUACUAAAUAUUAUAACGGAUAGCUUUUUUAAAAGCAAAUUGACCUUAAAAAAAAUUUGAAAGUGUAAAUUUCUGCUCACACUAGCUCAGAGUACUUGGAGAUGAAUAAUGAUAGCUAAAAACAUAGAAUUGAAACAAUAGAAGUUGUACCAAAAAUCUAACAUUGUGAUGAAAAACUUUAAUUAAGUAUUGAUUUCUAGUAUGGUAAUCAGAAAUAAACGAUAAAUUUUGAUAUUGAUAUUCUUAAUUAAAAUUAAGAAAAAUACUGCAAUCAAAUCUCUUCUGGGUAAAUUUGCUCUUCUUGUAAUCAAUAAUAAUCACAAUUAACUAGCUAAAAGCUCUUAGAAUUUGAAGAUUCUUGCUUGAUUUAGGAUAGUAUUCUCAGAGCUAAACUGCGCAAAGGAAGCUGCAACUCUGACUUGUCAGAUAUAACAUUGAUUAAUGAACCCUCUUGCAACAAAUACAUUUUUGAUUAAGCUAUAAACCACUAAUUUGAAAGUUAAGGUUUAAAGAAUUAAAAAUUUUUAAAUUUUGAUCAUUGCAAAUCAGAAUUAUCUGAACAGAAAUCAUUACUCAGUACUAAUAAUAAUAAUAAAUAAUAGCUAUUAAUUAAUCAGACAAGUAAUAUUUUUCUAAAUAAUAAUAAUUACAUCACCCCUCCUAACCAAAAUUAGGAAUCCACUAAUUAAUCGUAAUUUAUUAAUAAAGAAAAUCCCCGUCUAAACCAAACCACUCAGAAUGUUGCUGAUAAGAAUAUUAUUUAAAAAAUUAAUCCUAAAUGUGAUAAAUUAAUAAUCGAUGAAUCUCUUUCCAGCUAUUAGCAUAACUCGAACGCCUCUGACUAAAAACUCUCUUUUUCUCCUUAAUAAUCUAUGAUUUUAUCUCAAGAUCUUUACUCGAUUCUCCAAGGUUAAAUAGCAAUAGAGCUCCUUUAAAGACCAGAAAUCUCCUCACACGAAAAUAAUUCACUUUAGAGCUAGUUUAUCAUCUAAACUCCUUGUAAAAAUUUAGGUAGCUAAUAAGAUAAAACUCAAUAAGUAAAAGUUAACUCCACAUUUGGAGAAAGCAAUCAAUCUGAAAUAGAUUUUAAUGAUUAUUCAAACAUAAUUCAAGAUAUCGACUUUACUAAGGAGUACCUUGCAAAGGCUGAGAAAAAAAAUGUAGUAAAAAAUUUUGUAAAGGCUUUCAAGUCAUUCCUAAACGAAUCAGAAAAUAAGGACAAAGUUACUCAACUACUUAGAAUGAAAGAGCCUAAAGAGUUAGAGCAAUUUAGACAAAGAUUCUCAGCUUACUUAAAAAAGAAGAAGUUCAAUAACAAAUUAAUAAAAGAUUUAUUGAUGAAUUAAUCUUACAGUGCCGUCUUUGAAUUUUGGUUGUUAAAUUAUGCCUAAGACUGGUUAUUCAUUCACUCAAAAGUAGAAAAUAAGGAUUCCCAUUUAAUAAUGCUCUAAUACUUCUAAAAAUGCAUAGGCUAACCAGACUAAUUAGAUAAGCUUAAAGUGCUUAAAAAUCCAAGAAAAUAGAGUUUUUGCAUUUCUUCUACAGCACUUACCUCCACACCUCAUGAAACUACCAAACAUAAUAGAGUCAUUACUUAAAGCUUUUCAGGUAUUAACAUAAUCGAGCACUCCUUAAAUUUAUUGGAUAGUGAUUAAACCCAGAGUUAGUCAAAAAAUUCAAUAGCUGAGUUCAACAUUCUUCCUUCCGCUUGCUCUUAAUCAUCUAUAAAGAAUUUUGAUUGA